UCUGAAACUCUUUUUUUUAACUUUUACUUUCUUUUUACGCUUCAUACUGCUGCAACUCUUAAAAUCUUACUUGAUAUUAUGAUUUAUAGUUUUACAACUCUAUGAUUUUAUAAAUCAGUUCUGCUAUUAUUAAUGUAGAGUUGGCCUACCUUAACACAUUUUAAAAAUGCUCAGUUACUAACUUUACCUUUUUGUCACUUCAGCAGAAAGUCCUCAAAUACUAGUCCUACUUGCUGUACAGGGGUGAUGGAAAUCUGCUGUGGUCUACUUACUUACCAAAAGGAAUCAGUUCCUCUAAAGAGCAUAGAGGUGGAGGUGGAGGUGAGGGACCAUGUGGCUACAGUGGUCUCCACUCUGAACUAUGAGAACAAGGAGGACAAACCAAUAGAGGCAAUAUUUGUCUUCCCUCUGCCUGGAGAUGCUGCUGUCUGUCAUUUCAGUGCUAAGAUUGGACAAAAAGAGAUUGUAGCUGAGGUGAAGGAGAAACAGAAGGCUCGUGAGGAGUAUGAUGAUGCACUGAGCUCCGGUCAGCAGGCCUUCCUGUUGGAGGAGAGUGAGCAGAGUCCAGAUAUAUUCUCUCUGAGUGUGGGCAGUCUGCCUCCAGGAGAGAGCGCCUCCAUCAGGCUGGAGUACGUCACUGAGCUGGCUGUGCAGGCUGAUGACGGGCUGAGGUUUUGUCUGCCUGCUGUGCUCAACCCUCGCUACCAACCUGAGGGUAGUGAAGGUGCCAGUGUCCAGGUGAUCUGUGUUCCAGCCUCUCUGGUUCCCUACAGUCUGUCUUUCUCUGCCCGACUGUCCUCUCCUCGUCCAGUCUCUAAAGUAGAGUCUAACUGUUCCCUGGAUCCUCUACAGUACCUCAACACAGAGCAAACCCAGGCCACGGUCAAGUUGGCCGCAGGACACAAGUUUGACAGAGAUGUUGAACUGCUGAUUUAUUACAAAGAUGCCCACCAGCCCACUGCUGUGGUGGAGGCAGGACAGGCGUCUGCCAAGCCUGGCACUCUGAUGGGUGAUCCAGUAGUGAUGCUGAGCCUGUACCCUGAGUUCCCCCAGGCUGUGAUGUCUUCAGUC